AUGGAGUACGACAAGCGCACCUACCUACAGAGUCGCCAUUACGUCAGCGGUAUAUCCUUCAACAGGAACUGGACGUCGUAUAGGGAUCGGUUCGGCGAUAUCUACAAAUCAAUCGAUAUAGACUUUUGGUGGGGGAUCGACAAUGCGUACUAUUUGACGAACAGUAAAUCGUAUAAUCUUGUCGUUCAGGUGGCUGGACAAGAUUAUACCGAUGUAGGAAAUAUUGUGUACAAGAACUUUGUUGUACAAAAAGAGUCUAACAAAUUCGCCAUGUCGUAUUCCUCCGUUUACAUUGUCCCUUUAGACCAGAUUAUCACUCUCUCUAUGAAUGGCAGCAUGACACUCUCCAACGGAGCACCGUUUAGCACCUAUGACCAGGACAAUGAUCAAUCUAUCGGAAAUUGCGCAGCAGUCCACAGCGCAGGAUGGUGGUUCAAUGAUUGCACCAAUUGCAACCCCAACAGUCGAUUGUGGCCCGGUGGCAAUUCAUCCCGUUUAGGUGUCGACGACGAAUUCUUUUGGAACGAUGGCCUGUACGGGUGGUCGGCAUGGGCAACGGCUCUUUGGUUUACUAGGUAA